AUGGCGCGGAGGGCGGCUUUAGUGGUGACGGGGGGAGGGACUUGGGCGUUGGCUAGAUUGAAGGUUUCCUGCAAAGCGGUGGAGCACAGGAAGCGCGGGCGCUUGCAGAAGCGUCGUACACCACCCUCGAAUUCACUGCGGCGAAGUUCGAAGACUGUGAAGGAUUGUGGAUGUCUUUCAUGGGGUGCGUGUUUGGGGCUGGCAGAGGUGGGUUACACUGAAGGUGCUGGGGAUAAUGGGUCGGAGCGCAAGUGGACUUGGUGCAAAAGGACGGAAGGCACGCCACGGAAAAGGCUGCCACUUAGAAGGGAAUAUCAUGAAAGCCUCAAUAUAGGGCGACUUAAUCGGAUUUGGCGCGGGGUCGCCUUAUAA